AUGCCAAAAGACGACAGUAAGAAGGCUUCCAAGGCGCCAGCUCGAUGUGUUACCAUGGAGCAUAUGAAGAGUCGCGGCCAGCAUUUCUUGGCCAACCCUCUCAUCAUCCAGGGGAUCAUAGACAAGGCAGACAUCAGGGCAACAGAUGUCGUGCUUGAGAUUGGUCCAGGAAAUGGCGCGCUGACAGCGAAGCUGCUGGAAAAGGCCAAGAAGGUGAUAGCGAUCGAGUUGGAUACCAGGUGGGCGGCGGAGCUGCAGAAGCGAUUUGGAGUGAUGCACGGCAACAAGCUUGAGAUCAUCAACAAUGAUGUGCUUCGAGUCGACCUGCCCUUCUUCGACAUCUGUGUCGCAAACUUGCCAUAUCAGAUCUCUGCUCCCAUCACCAACAAGCUUCUCAUGCAUCGCCCGCAGUUCAGAUGCGCCGUGCUCAUGUUUCAGCGUGAGUUUGCUCUGCGUCUUUGUGCGAAGCCAGGCGACGAGCUGUACUGCCGCCUGUCGCUCAACACGAGUCUGCUAGCAGAGGUGCAGCAUCUGAUCAAGGUAGGAAAGAACAACUUCAAGCCUCCUCCCAAGGUCGAGUCUUCGGUCGUCCGCAUCACCCCGCGCAGCAACCCUCCUGCGAUCAACUACAUGGAGUGGGACGGGCUGAUCAGAUUGGCGUUCGGCAGGAAGAACAAGACGCUCGGAGCUACCUUCAGGCAGAAGGAUGUGAUCGACCUCUUGAAGAACAAUUACAACAUGCAUGCUGCCAUCAUGAAGUCUAAGAACGCUUCUUCGGGUGACGUCACCAUGGGCGAUCAGUCCUCAGGGAAGGAAGAGAAGAAGUUUGAUGAAGUGAAGCAGACGAUCUUAGAGAUCCUGGAGGCCGAGAACAUGUCUGAGCAACGUCCGGCAAAGUUGGAUGUUGACCAUUUCUUGACAUUGCUCAACGCGUUUAACGUCAAAGGAUUUCAUUUUGCAUGA